ACGAAACCCAACGUUUAUCGGUGUCAAUCAACGGUAUUAAUCAAUUCUUACAGUGUGUACUAAUUUGCUAAACGUUGGGCACCGCGUGGCAGGAGAUUAAGAGACCGGAGCGGCCUUCGUGAAUCCCGGGGCGACGCUGAGACCGAGACGGCCUUCAACAUCAAAAUGAGACGGAGGAGAAUUAAACCAACCAAAGAUGCCGAAGACCAUGUUAUCAAUGCCACUGAUAAGACCGACGAAUUAUUGGAGGCUAAAUACAUAAAUGAUUAUAAAGGUCGUGGAGUGUUUGCAUUGCCCCCUUUUAAUAAAGGAGAUUUCGUUGUUGAAUAUAGGGGGGAAAUGAUUGCUUUAAUUGACUCUGAACGCAGAGGAGAGGUCAAUAACAAUACUGUCUUUAUGUUUGACUUCAUCCGGCAAAACAAGGAGUGGUGCAUUGAUGGACGUCAUGAGAACACCACCCCUGGCCGGCUAGUCAAUGAUGACAACGUGAACGAGGGAAAAUCCCGUUUGUGCCUUUUUGCAUCAAGAGAUAUCAUUCCUGGAGAAGAAAUAACAUAUGACUAUGGAGGAAGUGCCUGGCCUUGGAGAAAGCCUUCGUGCAAGGAUGAUGACAACAUGACCGCCAUAAAGAACUGCUCUGGGGGUUCUGUAACUACUGCAGGCAUUCCACGGCAUACAGUUGAGCCUUCGUGCAAGGAUGAUGACAGCAUGACAGCCAAAAAGAACUGCUCUGGGGGUUCUGUAACUACUGCAGGCAAAGCAACAGCAAAAGUUGUGAACAGCUUCCAACAACUUUAUCAGACCCGAUGGCCCGAAUACAUUUCUUCAACAGCCCGGCGAACACUGGAGGAAGCCAAGUGGAAUUCCCCACAUUUGCUCCCUUUCACUGAAGAUGUUAAACGUCUUCAUGUGUAUCUUGAUGAGCAAGAGAAAAUUUACCGCAAACACUUGUCAACACAGCCAUCAUCUCAGCAUUGGUUAAAACUGGCCAAGGUUACAUUAACUCACAUACAUUCACAAAUGCCUUUGACCACAUACACCUCCAGCAACCAAUCAGGCGCUCAUCCGGAUAUUAGCAUGGCCCUUACAGAGUUGGAAUAUAAACUGUGUCAAUACUUCAAGCCUAUAGAGAUCAGAGGCAAAAGAGGCAGAAAGGUUCCAGUACUUGUUACUCCUUCAAUGCAAGAGUCGAUCAGCCUGCUAAUUAAAAACCGGAGUAGGUGUGGAGUACUGAAUGAGAACCCUUUUCUCUUUGCACGUCCAUCUGCAAUGACCUUUUUCAGAGGCUCUGACUGCAUCUGUGAAUUUGCAGGUGCAUGCAGUGCUAAAAAUCCUCAAACUUUAACUUCCACAAAGUUGAGGAAACAGAUUGGUAACCUCAACAGAUUAGUUCUCAAUCUGAGCAACACAGAGCUCGAUCAGCUGGCUGACUUCCUAGGCCAUGACAUUAGAGUACAUAGUCAGUUUUACCGGUUACCUGAGGGUACCCUUCAGCUGGCCAAAAUGAGCAAAAUUCUUCUUGCCCUCGAAAAAGGACGCUUGGCAGACUUCAAGGGGAGAAGUCUUGAUGAAAUCAACAUUUAUCCAGAAGCGAAAGUUACAGUGGACAGUGAUUUAGAGGAGUCUACUUCCAAUCUGAAAGAUUGCAGUACAGAAUCACCACCACAGCACACUGUAUGUGAAGACGGCACACUUCCAGAAGACCAAGUGUCCAAAAAAAAGAGAGGUCACAUUAAGAGGACAGCCUGGAGCAAACACGAAAUACAUGCUGUGAAGAAGCACAUGAUCAAAUUCAUUAGGAACCGGAAAGUUCCAGGAAAGGCAGACUGCUUAAGGUGUAUGGAAGCUGAACCAUUUGCUCUUAAAAAUAGAGAGUGGUCAGCUCUGAAGUUUUAUAUUAAAAAUCGUAUCUCCGCUCUGCAAAGAAAAGAUGUAGCAUGUUAAUCUUGACACACCAUGUUUUUGAGUACCCUUCAUAGCGGCCGCUGAACCUGGGGAUAAGGACAGACAAGGC